UCUCGAGGUGGGAGAGUAGAAUAUCAAUAUUGCGGUGCCGUGCGUGUGUGUGUGUUUGCCUUACAUCUCUCUCGGCGUGCAGUGCCGCGUCCGUUCUAAGUGCGCGCGACGAUGUGAUAAUUAUUAUCGGUUGUCAUUGUGGUUCACUCGACAAUUCAAAGGCGGAUCGUCGACACGGCGUGAAGAUAAAAAAAAGGGCGAAGGGAGGCAUGGAAGCGCCAGAGCAGCAGCAGCCUCCGGGGCAGUUCGAGUGCCGCUGAGCGUCGUCAAAGAGCGAAGCCGUUGUCGACGGACGGGCGCAAGGAGGUGGCGCAGGUGGCGGAGGAGGAGGAGGAGGUGGAGAGCCGCUGCCUCGGAGAGACCGAUGAAGACGAGAAGGCCGUCGGGACUUGGACGCGAGUGGACUGCAGCCCAACGACCGCGAGCCCCCCUCCCGUCGCGAGCGGACGUCGUCGACGAUCUGCUGCCCGAAGCGCAGCGCCGAUAAUUCCGAUCGGCCGAUAAAGGAGCUCCGUCGGACGCGCGGCAAUGGCGGCACCGGUCAUCGAGAAGAAGCGCUUCUUUUGCCGCGAGUGGGCGUUCGCCAAGCUGUCGCAUUGCCUGGAGCAGCGGCCGGCGUCGAAGACCUGCGGCGUGCUGGUGGUCGGCGGCCCGGGCAGCGGCAAGACGGCGCUCUGCGCCGAGCUCGCCUGGCCGUCGGCCGGGCCGCAGGCGAAGCACCAGCGGGCGCUCAACAGGAGAGUCCUGGCGAGGCACUUUUGCCAGGCGCGAAGCGAGGCGAGCCUGUCGCCCGCGCAGUUCGUCAGGAGCCUCGUCGCCCAACUGCUGCAGGCGAGCUCGGAGGGGAUCAAGCUGCCCUCGGCGACCUCGUCGUUGCCAAGCUCGCCGAGCGGCAGUCAAACGGCCCUGGGCAGCGCGAACAACGCGUCGCCGACGAACGAGGCGAGCAACGGAGUGACGACAGCGCGGGAAUCGGUGGCCGAGGCGUACGCGGAAAAUCUGCGCACCGACCCCGAGAUCCAGGCGGCACUCCAGCCCGAGGUGCUCGACCGCAAUCCCGACGAGGCGCUUCGCAAGGCUGUUCUAUUCCCGUUGCUCGAAAUCGACACUCCGAAGGACUGCCUGAUGCUCGUUGUGGACUCGAUCGACGAGGGUCCGAUUCCCGGCUCGGGCUCCAAUACCCAGCAGGCAAGCAGCGCAAGCGUCUUAGCCCUGAACGCAUCGGGCAACGGUCGGGAUUCGAAGCGCGAAUCCGAAAACGAGGACGACGAGGAGGUGUCGCGAACGAUAGCCGAGCUCUUGGCGAGUCAUCAUCAUUUGUUCCCGCAAUGGCUGCUGCUAGUCUGCACGGCUCGUCGCCAGAGCAAAACGAUCUCUCGCAUGUUCACCGGUUUCCGCAAGAUCUCGCUCGACGACCUGCGCAAGUCCCAGGUCGUUCGCGACGUGCAGCAGUACAUACUCGCCAGGCUCGACCAGGAGGACGCGCUCAGACAGCAUAUCUCCAGGGACACCGCCGAGAUGCUCAAUCACCUGCACAUCAAGAGCAACGGCUGCUUUCUUUACCUCGAGAAGGUACUGGACGGCGUGGCCGAGUACUUUAUCGUGCUGCGGGAGGUCAGAGAGAUCCCGGGUACGUUGAACGGUCUCUAUCUGUGGCUCUGUCAGCGCCUGUUCAGUCGCAAACAGUUCGCCAAGGUGCAGCCGCUGCUGAACGUCAUAUUGGCGGCCAAGCUGCCGAUCACCCAGUCGAUCCUGUACGACUGCGUGAAAACGGCCAAUCCGGCUCUCACGCAGGAGGACUUUAAUCGCCAGCUGCAUCUGCUCAGGCGCGUUAUCUCGGUGUCGCGCGCCGGCGCCCUUAUGCUCUUUCACCAUAGCUUCGCCGAGUGGCUGCUCGACGUCAAGCACUGCACGCAAAAGUAUUUGUGCUCCGCCACCGAAGGCCACGCAAUGCUGGCAAUGUACUACACGCUACGCGCAAGCGAUCUCGAUCCAGACGAGAUUUGCGUGUUAGCGCAACACGUUCAAGGUGCCUUCGCCUGCCAAACGCAAAACAUGCAACAUCACCCGUACUACCAGCAGCAUCACCACAGUACCACGAAAUCCAACUCGACGAUAGCCAACGACGCGGUGUCAACGAACGACGCACCGGCAGCAUCGACCACGUCGACGACAGCCCAACCGCCGAUGCUCGACUCGUAUACCCUUCAGCUGCUCUGGUUGAUCGGCAGCGGUGCGCCCUUCAAGAAUUGCUACCUCGACAGUAGCGAGUGCAUUUUGUGGCCGAAGCAGGAUGCCAAGCUGCUUAAAUUGCUCGUGGAUGCAGGAGCUAAGUCGUCGGAGAAGAGCGGCGACGAGGAGGAUUGCGGCAAAAAUGUUCUUGUAACUUCUAGUCAAAUUUCACGCAAUUCGAGCCCAACCGACGAGUCGCCGAUCGAGCCAUUGGCAGAGCUUCUCGGCGAGAAUGGUGAUAUCAACCAAACGGAUUCAUGCGGUCGCACGGUGUUGCAUAACCUCGCUGCCGAUGGGAAUGCCACUUUAUUGGAAUUGGCUUUGGAAGCUUGUCCACAAGCUAAAUUGGAAACUACGGACCGGCAUGGCCAGACUGCGCUCAAUCUUGCUGCCAGGCACGGAUACUCGGAAGUCGUGAAAGUUUUAUUGGCGGCCGGGGCUAAUGUCGAUCACGCUGAUUGCGAUGGCUGGACUGCAUUGAGAGCUGCUGCUUGGGGUGGCCACACGAAGGUGGUGGAGCAAUUGUUAAAAUGCGGUGCGAUGGUGGAUUGCGCAGACUGGGAUCAGCGCACGGCCCUACGUGCAGCAGCUUGGGGUGGCCACGAAGAGAUCGUAAAAGCACUGCUGCAACACGACGCCGACGUUAACAGGACGGACGAUGAGGGUCGUACGGCUCUUAUUGCCGCAGCUUACAUGGGCCAUAGCGAGAUUGUCGAGCAUCUGCUGGAUUUCGGUGCCGUGAUCGAUCAUGCAGAUAGCGAUGGAAGAACUGCUUUGAGUGUUGCUGCGCUUUGUGUGCCGUCGAGUCAUGGUUAUACCAAGGUGGUUAGCCUCCUACUCGAGCGAGGAGCCGACGUAAACCACCAAGAUAAGGAUGGCAUGACACCACUUCUAGUAGCCGCAUUCGAAGGACACCGUGACGUUUGCGAAUUGCUAUUGGAGUUCGAAGCAGACGUGGAUCAUUGCGAUGCGACUGGACGUACACCACUGUGGGCAGCAGCGAGUAUGGGUCAUGGUUCGGUCGUUGCACUUCUGCUAUUCUGGGGGUGUUACGUCGAUAGUAUCGACAACGAAGGUAGAACUGUACUAAGUGUUGCUGCUGCUCAAGGGACUACUGAUGUCGUUAAACAAUUGCUCGAUAGAGGCCUGGACGAGCAGCAUAGGGAUAAUUCAGGCUGGACGCCAUUGCAUUACGCUGCCUUCGAAGGCCACGCUGACGUGUGCGAGGCGCUAUUAGAAGCCGGUGCAAAGAUCGACGAGGCAGACAACGAUGGCAAAGGUGCCCUCAUGCUCGCAGCACAAGAGGGACACACGAAUCUCGUAGAGAGGCUUAUCGAGCAACAUUGUGCCCCCAUCGACCAACAUGCACACGAUGGAAAAACUGCAUUGAGACUGGCUGCAUUGGAAGGGCACUACGACACGGUAAAAGUGCUGCUAUCUCACAACGCCGACAUUAACGCGAAGGAUGCCGAUGGCAGGAGUAUACUCUAUAUAUUGGCGUUGGAAAAUCGAUUGGCCAUGGCAAGAUUUCUACUGGAACACGCGCGGCCUGACAUUGAGAGUAGGGAUUCUGAGGGAAGAACAGCAUUGCACGUGAGCGCGUGGCAAGGUCACGUCGAAAUGGUCGCUCUACUUUUAGCUGAAGGUGGUGCGAGUGUAAACGCUCGAGACAACGAAAACAGAACUCCGUUGCACUCGGCGGCUUGGCAAGGACACGCCGCUGUAGUUCGAUUGUUGCUCGAACAUGGCGCCACGCCCGAUCACACGUGUAAUCAAGGUGCAACAGCAUUGGGCAUUGCUGCUCAAGAAGGUCACGAAAGCUGCGUUCGAGCCUUACUUACGCACGGAGCUGAUCCCAAUCAUUCGGAUCAUUGUGGUAGAAAUGCUAUCAAAGUCGCAGCUAAGAGCGGACAUGAUACCGUGGUGAGGUUGCUUGAAGAACAUGCUGCUAAUCGACGAAGUUCUAGACCAGGUGGUAGCAGCAGUGCUACUUCGGUAACUUCGAACUCAACGACCGAGACAAAGCCUUCCUCAGCAGUGUUAAACCCAAUGUCCACUCAGUACAGUCCAGCCGAGUCGCCGGACUCUACCAAGAGACGGAGCUGUGUGUCCCUUGGAAAUCAUUCGAGUAAUAGCAAGUCUAGUAGUAAUUUGACUGGUAGUACUAAAAGCGAUCGUUGUAAGAUUAAUCAAAAUCCACCUGUUCAAGUUAGUCAAGGUUCUAGUAGGGCUGUGCUGUCAUUUACACAGCAGCUCCAGCAAUGCUCUCGCGGCGUGAAAUCACGACCGCUGAGUAAACUGCUAUCGCCUUUGAAAAGCGAGCCACAGAGUCCAAUUUACGCAUCGCCGCCUCACUCGCCUUCAAGUGACAGCCUCAUUCCGUAUUCACCGACAAAUACUAGUCCGCCGAGUGCUCAAACAGCCGCGAGUGUUAUUCAGAAUCAGCUUGGUGUUUCGCUGCUUACUGCCACUCAUAGUACGCAGUAUAAACCUGCGAGUGGCUAUGACAGAACUGGGGCUUUGUACGAUGCCAUUUGCAUUAAGAAAAAUCAGCAUCCGCCUUUGAUGGAAAGUGCCACAGAAGUCAAGCCGUUCGAGCUGACGAACGAAAUGCUAGGCUUAUCUAUUAAUUCCGAGAGAAAGAACUGUCACGAGGAGAAGAAACUUGCAGAUACUCACUUUACCAGAGAUACUCACAUGAGAAUAAUUUUGGGUAAUAGCGGAGUUGGAGUUGGUCGUAAUAUUAAGCAUUCGUCUGAUAACUCGACUGGAAACAGUUCAGGUAAUUCGAGACCAAAAAGAAAUGGCUUCGUAUCGUCUAACCCAGCAAUGCGUCUAGUUGCCGGCGUUAGAAAUGGAAUUGAGAAUGCAACGAAUCGAAACAAGCCAGUGACCACUCGUGUAAAUGGAUUUCAGUGGAAGGCAGAAGCCAGAAAAGAAACUCCCUUAUAGGAGCAGGAUUUAAUGUUUGCCAAGUGCACGCACGAAACAUCCAUACAUCAGCAACCAUCCUCCGACUGGAGGAGCUAUCUGAGCAAGAAGCGCAAAUCCUUUCGAAGAUUUUUCUCGUUUCCCUUGAGCAGAAUCAAACUACCGCCAAAGAAAGAGAGCAGCAAGAGAAAAAGACGUAGCUACCGGAGAAAAGAUGAAAUGUGAUCGCGUUCGAGGAGCUUGAAGCGAAAAGCUCGUCGGAUAUCUACAUACCAAAUCCUUUAACGAAACCCUACGUCAAGUUAAGGUUAUUAUUAUGAUUAUUACUAUGAUUAUUAUAAAGAAAGAAGCAAAAAAAGUUACAAAAAAAAUUAGAUGCGUUAUAUAUUAGAAAAAAAAUAUGAACCGAGCAGACGUAAUCCUAAUGACAGUUAAGGAAUGUGUGUAUAAUAAAUGUAACAUUAGAGAAGUCCUCUAUUGAUCUCAUCGAAGUUCAUACUCUCUAACGUAAGCUGUGAAGUGAAACCUAAACUAUAAUUUAAAAGAAAAUAAAAAAAGGUAAAAAACAAAAAUGAAAGCAAAGAGAACGUACGACGAUGAAAAAGGACGAAAAACUAGUGUAAAGACUGAAUCGCACUCCGAACACAAGUGCUGAUCCUUUUUUUAUUUCUUGUGUCUUGACGAUAAAAAAAAUUCAAUUGACGGAGCGUAGAUUUUAACAAAUACAAAAUAUAUAUAUAUGCAGUGAAGACGUGUAAAGAUGAAAGCAAAUACUAUUACGAUUAUUAUUAUUAGAAUUUUCAUCAAUAGUGACAUUUGAGAAUUAAAUUAGUAAAAAAAAAAAUGAGAAAGUUUGUUUAGAGAAAAGAAAUACGUAAUAAACCAUGGCCUCAAUUCAAAUAUAAACGAGAUUUGUGUAUAUAAGUGUCUGGAAAAAACAAUAUGUAUCUGCACCUCAUAUAACGCAUUACGUACUUUUUAUAUUAUUUUAUUAUUGAUAUUAUUGCGAACAAAAUAUUUAUUAUUAGUUCUAGUGUCUCUCAUUAGUGAUGAUUAUAGCACUAUUACCGAUUUUGAGUUUCGUUGUUACGAAAUAGAUGCAUUAAUAAAUUGAACUUUUGUCAAAAUA